UAGUAACAUGAGAUAUGAGGUAGCAGCAGCAGCCAUUAUAUAACAAAGAAGGCAACUCAGGGCAAAGAAAACAUUUCUCAUGUCUAUUAACUUCCUCUCAUCUCUUCCUAGUUAAGGUAGUCAAAAUGUCAAAUUCGAUUAUUUUUCACUUUGACAUUCUGUUAUACCAACCUUGUAAUAUUUUCCACCUUCCUCACUUGAGCACGGUUGCUAGGCAACACAGGAGCACCAGUCCUGUAGCACUAGGAGUGGCGUCUCACCUGACUGAGGCACUACGGGAGCAGGAGGAAAGUUAGUCGCGGAGAACGCCAACACAAGAUUUUGCCUUCAUGGGUCACGACUGCACCUUCGCACGGCCCAAUGGUACGACUCGCAAUGUGUUGUUAAAGGCUGGCAGAGUUCACCAGCACACGAUUGGGACAUGUCGGAAAGUUCUUCUGGUGUGAACACUCUCAGCGACAGCCUCCCCAAAUCCUACUUGUCCCAUUACUCUGAGCUCGGUGUGGCACACUUGCCCGCCUCCGUGCACCGGAGUCCUGAUUCUGGACUUGGAUCGACACCUCUUCCAGCCAGCCGCUUCCGGUUUGCCUCGUGGCAUCACUUGCCACAGUGUGACCUCACCGGAGAUCAGCUGACCUGCCCCAGGGUUCGAGAAGGGCCAUCCGAUGACGAGCUCAUCCAAAGAGAGGCCUGUGUGGAUAGAAGGAGGAGGAAGCGGAGGAGAGAGGAGGAAGGGCAGAGUUGGGAAGAAAGAAGACAAGAGAACUGGGAAAACUGUCUAGAGCUGAAUCUCUCCUACCAAGAUUUGGGCGACGAUUUCCAGGAACAAAACUUCCUCCGCAUUCUGCGCAGGUUGAUACGCGUGGAGCAACUCCAGCUGGUCAACAACUCUCUCAGCAACCUGAGUUCUGUCUGUCUGCCAAGGUGCAGGAUACUAAAUCUGCACCGGAACCAUCUGGUGUCUUUACACCAGUUGCCAAAGCUUCCGGUCGUGGAGCAACUUUGCUUGUCCGAGAAUGCCAUCAGCUCCCUGGAAGGAUUGAAUGCAUUGAGGAACAGUCCUCUGCGAUCUCUAAACUUGACCCUCAAUCCAGUGACCUUCUUUCAGGACUACCGUGCACGAGUGUUCUCUUUCUUGCCAAAUCUUGAGAUCCUGGAUGGAGUUCCGAUGCUGCCAGAAGACCAGCUGCACACUGGGUUUCAAUUCCCACAAAUCACGAGGAUGUGCAACAUUUUGUGACAUUUUCCAGAGAUGGAUAUGUGCUCUGCAGACUUUACAUUUACUCAGAGGAGGGGGAAAAAAACUCUUUUUUUACCUUAAGUAUGCCACAACUGCUGCCAAAACCAACCUAGAAUACACGAGCAGGCAUUUUUGUUGGAGGUUUGAGCAAUUAUGGUCACGUCUGCCUGACAAUAACGAAAUUUGGUAAAAAGAAACAUGUUGAGAAGGCCUUCAGGAGAUAACAAGGCUAAUCGACUACAUUACCUGUCAUUAGCUUCGCCUGUUUACAUGGUUGUUUUUACAUAGAUAUAUAAACCUUUUAGGAUAGUGACUGGAAUA